AUGAAAGCGUUGGGGCGCGGCCCCAUUACGCGCCUGGCCAACACGGCCGCCCCCGGUGGAUCGGCAGCUCCCGGUGCAGUCUACAGCCGCGGCGACUGGAACGUAGGCCGCGACGUGAGUGCCGAGGAGCGACGGUGCGGGAUCCUCACACGCUUUUGCACGCUGUCUGCUAACGCACCACGCGAAGGGGCAUCGCCGGCGUGCGAACUGGCUCCGCUGGAAGCCGUGAUCCGCGUCCAGUCCACGGAUGCACACGUGACAGAGGUGGACGCGGACGGAGGCGGCGCCUUUCUUGAGAAGGCACCGAAAGGGCGUUGGCGGAAGAUAUCUCGUUCAAAGACGAUGCUGGUGGAGGACACGGCAACACCAUUUAGCAACCCCGAAAAGAGUUUCUCGCCGCGCGUGCAGAGCUACGGCGAGUACGUGCGGCGGAUCGGGAAGCUUCCGGAAGGGUGGCCACUUCUUCGCUUUGCGAUGUUUCGUGACGGGUACUCACUCGACUCGGUGCGCCACCGUCUGCGCUACGAAAUCGGGGUCCCACGCGACGGGGUCUACCUUCACGAGCCGCCUGGCGGCUCUUUCGCAGCCAUAACCCAGUUUGGCGUUGCCGUCGGAGUGACGCGCGAGCAGCUGCCUCACGCGUCGCGGCACUACAACGUGCAUGCGCUUAUCUUUGAUGACCGCAGCUACCACGCUCUCGACGAGCUGCCACGCAUCUCUGUCGCUCCACAGGCGUAUCUGCACCGCAUUCUCCUGCGAUGUGUCUCUGGAGACGAAGCAGCCGUCGCGCAACGCCUACGACACCUCAGCUCCAACGGUUUCGUCAACUACUUUGGGCUGGAGAGCUUUGGGAUCGGCAGUAACACCCUCUUCGAUAUGGCUGCCCUCGCCUCCCGCAGGGAGCCCCAUCGGUCAGUCGGCGCGUAUCUUCAAACGCUCGCCGAGUGCAGCCCCUUGCACCACCAGGCGUACCUGUCCUACGCAAAUGCGGAGGAGAGUACUGUUGCAGGGGCGGUGGCAGAGUGGCUGCGCGUGUGCGAGCGUGCUAAAUUGUCCAAGGAGACACGCGAGCUCCUGCGAAAGCUCCACUGCUACCACCUUUCGCAAUGUCAUCCGAGCGACGCGAAGACCACAUCGAUGGAGGAUGUAUGGGGGGCGUGCCCCAUCAUACAUCGCACCGAGCAAAGCGCUGCUGCCUUUGUAUGGAACGCCAUGGCGUCGCAGCGGCUCUUGUCAUUUGGCAGUCGGCCAGUGAAGGGGGAUUUGGUCAGGCGCAGCGGCGACCACGGUGCCAUGGAGGUUGCAGAGGUCGCGAGCGACGCGGAUGCCUCACAGUACACCAUCGAGGACGUUGUGUUACCCAUUCCAUGUGGACGCACCAGUGGUGCGGAGCUGCGGUACCCGACUCACAGCGUUAAUGAGGAAUUCUUCACACAGUUUGCAAAGAAACACAGCCUCUCCUUUCUCUUCAACGCCGGCGUAGACUCGACACCGAAGGCUCCGGCUACGCGGGGGUCCUACCGCCGUCUGGUGGGUCGACCACGCAACCUGCAGGCGGCGGUUUUGCGGGAUCCUUCCUCUUGUGCGGCCCUCAAAAGCGAUCUGUUUCUCUUGCAGGAGCAUCAGCCGACGGAAGGUUGGUCGCUCGACUACGGGCGGCGCGUGCGUGAGCCGUCGAACUUCAAUGUCUCGGAACGGUUUCGCGAGCGGAUGAGCUGCAUUCGGAAGCGCCGGGCAGGUGAACACUCCGUCGCACUCGCUUUCGUGCUUCCCGCGGGAUCGUCGCCAUGGGUAGCGCUGCGCGAGGCGUUUCACAUGCACUACGGCACAUUUCACGACUUGUACGGGGUGAGCUAA